AUGGAUGACGACGAUGCGCUGUUGCAGCUGCUGGACGCGGCCAGCGUCCCGGAGAAGCGCGCACGGCCUUCUAGCACGAUAAAGAGCCUCGCAGGCAAGCGAAGCGGUGCAGCGGCGAGCACACCAAGCGUGCGGCGGCAGGUGCAGGCGCAGCCCUGCAAGCACUAUGUAGAGGUGUUGACAGGCAUCAAGGUGUCUGGCGUGGUGUUCAAGGAGCAGGUAUCGCAGCUGCAGUUCGUACCCCUCGACAAGGCCAGGAGUUACACGUCAGACGCCCCCUGGCUGACCAUCGGCGUGCUGGUCCGUAAGGAGUUUGCGGCGACCUCCAACGGCCAGUCCUUCAGCCGCUGGCAGCUGGCCGACCUGAGGGGCGGGGAGCUGCGGGCCGUCCUCUUUGGUGACGCGCAUGCGCAGCACAAGGGCGCGGCGGAGGGCAGCGUUGUGGCCCUGGGCAGCUGCCGCACAUCGCGCGACGCGCAGUAUACGUCGCUGUCGGUGUCUGCGCCGCAUCAGGUGCAGCUUCUCGCCACCUCCGAGGGCUUCGGCUUCUGCCAGGGCAUCACAAAGGCCGGCGAGCGCUGCUGCCGCGCGGUGGACAAGACGGCGAGCCCGUACUGCGAGUAUCACGUGCUGCAGCAGCAGCGGCAGGUCAAGCGCGACCUGAAGGGCGCGACGGCCAGCGGAGCAGUCGCGGCGGCGGCGGCGGCGGCGGGCGCGGGAGUAGCUACAGUCGGCGGGCCCGGCGGCGGCGGCGGUGGCAGUGGCAGUGGCAUCGAGGGGCCAGGGCGGCCGCUCGGGCGGACGGAGGGACUGCAAACGGCGGGCGUGCCGGCCGCGGUGGGGCUGACCGGGCAGGAGCGGCGGGAACGGGAGGCGGCCCAGCUGAUGGCCAACCGGGAGCGCGUCGCGCAGCAGAUCAAAGCGAUGGGCGGCCUCAAGGCACCCGACCUCAAUCGCACCAGGCCGCCGUCGCCGCCGAGGCAUGCCGUCGGCGGCGGCGGCAGCAGCAGCAGCAACAGCAGCGGCGCACCCAGGGCAGCCGGCGGUGGCGGCACGGCGGCGGGCCGGGCUGGGGGCACGGCGGGGGGCCGCAGCGCUGCGGCCACGAGCGGAGGGCGGGGCGGGGGCGUGGGGACGGCCAAAGGUGGCGGGGACACUAAGCGGGCAAAGCUGUUGUCUGGCCUGGGUCUGGCCCCCAGGCCGCCGAGCGGCCCAGUGCCGCAGGCGGCCAAGGCGGGCGGCGCGAGCACAGCCACAGGCGGCGGCAGCAGAGGCGGCGGCGCAGUGGCGGCGGCAAGGGGGGCUGGGGCCGCCCCGAAGCCGGCCGCCGCGGGGGGCCAACUCAGCGGCGCUGCCGCGCAGUUCAGGGCGGCGUUUGGCAGCGUGCUCGACAGCGCGCCUGCAGACGCAGCUCCAAGUGACAGCCUGAAGGCCCUGGCGGACGCGCAGCGGCAGGCGGACGUUGACAAGCUGCUGGCGCACUAUGAGAAGAAGGACGCCGUUGCGCAGCAGCUGGAGGGCAUCACAAAGCUGACGGUGACCGCGUUCCGCUGCAGCGCCUGCAACGUGACGAGCGAGAAGCGCCACCCCUCGUGCUCGUCGCACCACGUCGUGCGCGUGCAGGCCACCAAGCGCUGGUGGUCGUGCCGCAGCUGCGGCUGGCGCCUGGCGACGCUCAACACCCUCAUCCCCACGAAGCGCUGCCCAAAGUGCCGCGACCCCGCCGCCGAGUUCAGCGCGGCCAGCAUGUUUGUGGCGCCGCGCGAGGACCGCGCCAACGACGCCGGGAUGCACGCGGGCGUGGCGGCGCGCGAGGCGUUCAUGGCCCGCGGGGUGGAGCACGACUUUGCGCUGACCUCCUUCCACUGA